UAUAUUUGCAGCUCUGUGGAAUGGUGUUUUGGUCCAUGCAAUUGCUAGGAGAUUUAUUGGUGAUUUUUGUGGAAUCCUUGAAUAAACACUCCUUUUCAUAUUCCCUCUCCUGCAGCUCCUACUUGUCAGCCAACAUUGCUCUUAUAGGUCAUCUAAUUCCCUUUAUGAUCAACUUGUCUCACUUGCUGGGAUUGAUUUGCACGAAGAAGAGUAGGUUUGUACUGGCAUGUAUAUUGGCAAUGAUGGUAGCAUCCUUUUCAAGAACUUCUGAUUCUUUUCAAGUUAAUCCAUUUCCAAGCUCCAGAAGGCAACUUGAUUCACAUGAUGCUCUCUCACUCCUCCAAAAGUGUUACGGAUUCAAACAAGUGAGGCAAAUUCACGCACAAAUUAUAAAAAAUGGCCUCUCCCAAAACCAAAUACUUGCAUCCAAACUUCUCAGGAUUUGUUCAUCCUAUAAUAGAAUGGAUUAUGCCAUUCCUAUAUUCCAUCAAAUCCAAAACCCUAAUACCUACACUUGGAACAUCAUGAUUAGGGCAAACACCUUAAAUGGCAUGUGUAAUGAUGCUCUCCUCCUCUAUAAUCUGAUGAUGGGACAAGGUGUGCCACCUGAUAAAUUCACAUUUCCGUUUGUCAUCAAAGCCUGCCGGGUUUCCUCUAGAAUUGAUAAAGGAAAAGAAGUCCAUGCACUUUCCAUCAAGACUGGAUUUUCUGAAGACAUCUUUUUGCAGAAUAAUUUAAUGGAUCUUUACUUUAAGUGUGGUGAUUCAAACUAUGCUCGUAAGUUAUUCAACAAAAUGCAUGUGAGGAGUGUUGUUACAUGGACGACUAUGGUAUCUGGUCUUGUUUCUUCUGGGGAGUUAGAGGCUGCUCAUACAACUUUUGAGCUUAUGCCUGUUAAAAAUGUUGUGUCAUGGACGGCAAUGAUUAAUGCUUAUGCUAGGAACCAGAAACCCCAAGAAGCAUUUGAACUUUUCAGGCGUAUGCAGCUUGAUAAUGUGAAACCAAAUGAGUACACGUUGGUUAGCUUGCUGAUUGCCUGUACAGAAUUAGGAAGUCUGAGUUUGGGAAGCUGGCUUCAUGAUUUUGUGCAGAAGAAUGGGUUCAAAUUGGGUAUUUACCUUGGGACGGCUCUUAUUGACAUGUACAGUAAAUGUGGUAGUCUAGAUGAUGCUAAGAAAGUGUUCAAUAAGAUGCAACAUAAGAGCAUAGCGACUUGGAAUUCAAUGAUCACUAGCUUGGGUGUGCAUGGAAAAGGAAAGGAAGCUCUUUCUGUUUUUGCUGAGAUGGAGAAGACCAUCGUACAGCCUGAUGCAAUUACCUUUGUGGGUGUUUUAUGUGCAUGUGUACAGACAGGUAUGGUGGAUGAGGGUUGUAGAUAUUUCAAACGUAUGAUUGAACGCUAUUGUAUUUCACCUACCAUAGACCAUUACAGUUGCAUGUUUGAUCUGUUGAAUCAUGCUGGCAUGCUGAAUGAGGCUUAUGAAUUAAGGGAGAUGCUGCCAGUCAAGCCAGAUUCUGAUACAUGGGGUGAUUUGUUGAAGGAAAACAGGGUCACUGGUAAUGCUGAUUUAGAGGAAGUUAUUUACAAGCAUGUUGGCAAGCUAAACUGUACGAGAAUGGGUCAACUUUGUGAAUGAUCUGAACUUCAGCCUCAAUAUAUCAAGUAGGAAGUCUGGUGAAUUUUUUCGCCAGAGAAACCAAUAGUUUAUCUUAUGCUAGACAAACUCUAAGCUCUUACAGAUAUGUUUCAAGGCUUAGGAGCUCUAUUUAACGCCAAAUAGUUUGCUCAUGCAAUGAACCCUGAAGAUCGGUGGAUGUAACAGGCUUUUUCUUAGAACCUCAGAUCUUAUCAAAACGCAAGGAGAGAUAUGAUAAAGAAGUGGCGGUGGAAGUAGUUUUUGGAAGAAAAUCAACACUGAACCCAGAUGCCCCUCUUCAUCCCAUCAGCUUUCCGCCAAGUAGAGGAUUUCUCUGCAAAGUGGUGGGAGUUGGUGAAGACCUCUACAUGGUUUCAUGACUACUGGCUUUCCCUGCAUCAGGAAGAAGCGUGCUUCAUCAACAACCAUUGAUGAUGACGACGACAUAGCAAAUUUGUUGCCAGACUCAUUCGAUCUUGACAUUGAUGAGGAGUCUAGUCUGGAGGCUCAAAUGCAAGAGUGGGUCAGAUUCAUGAUCAAAAUGAAUCAGCAUUAUCAGCUCCUUCAAAAUAGAUG